GCAAUUGUCAUCAGUUCAUCAGAGCAAUCGAUCCACCAACAUGAGGUACUCUUGCGUUCUCCUUCUCCUAGCCGUGUUCGGCUGUGUCCUCCUGCAGGAGACCAGGGCCACUGGCACUGCCACCACAACAGUGGCUGCUUCCACUACCACCACCACAUCCGCAUCGGCAACCACCACAACCACCUCCGCAGCGGCCACCACAACUACGGCCGCCUCAGACACGACCACAACCGCAGCCUCAACCUCUGGGGGCAAGAAGAAGGUGCGCCACUACAAGCGCAAGAUCCACGGGGGCAAGAAGAGGAUCGUCCGCCGCAGGAACAGGAACAGGAAAAACAGAGAAUAAACCUGAUACCUCAUACAAUGAUACGACUCCCGGAACCCAUGCUGACUCCUAGCGAAUCACCUGAUAAAAUAGCUUUUUUUUUGUGUAAUUUCAUAAGUACAUAUUGAUGGGCAUUGGGAAUGUCCUUUGUAUGUGCUCUAACCUUAAGGCAAAAAUAUAAAAUUGUAUAACAAAAUAA